CCCCAGUUAAGUUGUGGCAAUUAGACUGAAUGGUAGGCAGCAGAGGAAGUAAAUUGCAUUCUGGAGACUCCUGCAGAAUUUUUUUUUUCUUUAGCAGCCGGAAGGGAUUUCUCUGUCUGCCAGCUUUUAAAUGAAAGAUCGGCCACCAGACCUCAAAAGGGUUAACCAGGUGCUGUGGGUUUUUUUUUUCCCUUCCUCCUGGGCUAUUUGCAGUGAAACAGUUUCUGAGGAAAGGCUGACCUACCUGCAUUCUGGUAGGACUGGCUCAAGUGAGUUAAGUUUUACCUCUGUGCUCCCUUUCUGCUUAAUGCAGGAAGAAGGGGCGAGCGGUGGGUGAAGAUCAGCUGAGGAGAGAGACAGUCUCUCCCUCCCACUUUUUUGGUGGCAUUUGCAGUGGAAGGGACUGAUGGCCACUGGGGAGGACAUUGAAUGGCUUGAUCUGCCUGGCAAGUGGACCUAUGGAGUUUGCAGGGACGGGAGAAUCUUCUUUAUCAAUGAUGAAACAAAAUCUACUUGCUGGACUCAUCCAGGCAGUGGCUAUUCUAUCCAGAGUGGGCACUUUUCCUGGCCAGAUAUGCCCAAAGGCUGGGAAAUGGACACCACGUCAAUGGGAACUACUUUUUUCAUCAACCAUAAUGAAAGACGGAACACUUUCCUUCAUCCAGUGAUUGGCCAGACCCCAGGAGAGAACAACCAUUUUGGAUUGCAAAGAUCUGUCUUUGACAUGUCAAGCAAAGCAAGUAGCAAGCGGCCGGCAGCAGUCACCAGUGAAUCUUCUAAUCACACAAUGGUUUCAGAGGUACCUCAGGAACGACCAAAUGGCAGGGCAUCAUCACGUACUUCCAGGAAAGGAAUUGCUUUUGGAAAACGUUCUAAUUCCAUGAAGAGGAAUCCCAAUGCUGCAGUGACCAAGAAUGGUUGGCUCUUCAAGCAGGCCAGCUCUGGAGUCAAGCAGUGGAACAAGCGCUGGUUUGUAUUGGUGGAUCGCUGCCUUUUUUACUACAAAGAUGAGAAGGAGGAAAGCAUCUUGGGCAGCAUCCCACUUCUCAGUUUUCGAGUGGCAGCUGUCCAGCCAUCGGAUAACAUCAGCAGGAAAUAUACCUUUAAGGUAACUGUAUGUUGGAUGGAAGAGAUGCCACGAAAUCACAAGAAGUCAUUCUCUCCUCAGGCUGAACAUGCUGGCAUCCGGACCUAUUUCUUCAGUGCUGAGAACAAUGAGGAACAAGAAUCCUGGAUUCAAGCCAUGGGCGAGGCUGCCCGGGUUCAAAUCCCACCUACUCAAAGGCAUGAAAAGACUGACUGUGAGAACCUUCCUCCUAGCAAAAAUCAUCAUCAUCAUCACCAGCGCAGUAUCCUUACCAGGGAGCUUGCCAAAGCUGAGUUGGAAGCAAAGACCAGAGGAGAAGGUGAUGGACGUGGUUCCGAGAAGAUUGAAAGAAAACCAGAGCGUGUUGCAAAUAAGAAAGAGGCACUGGUGAAAACCAAUGGCAUUGCCAGUCAGGAUACACCCUCUGAGCCCGGAAGCCCUUAUCCAGAAGCAGCUCGUGUGCCAGCUGGAGUGGAGAGAACCCCACAGCCAAAUGGUUGGCAGUAUUCAUCUCCAACUCGUCCUGGCAGCAUGGCCUUUCCCCAGCAUGAUGGGGAUACUGUUAUCUCUCGUCGGAGCUUCGCACCUCGCACUAAUCCAGAAAAGAUUGCUCAGAGGAAAAGCUCCAUGACCCAGUUGCAACAGUGGGUCAAUUUGCGACGUGGAGUUCCCCCACCUGAAGAUCUCCAUAGCCCCAACAGAUUCUUCCCAAUGUCUCGGAGAGUACCUGAUUAUUACCCUCCCUAUUCAUCCCAGUACUCGGAGGAUUACCAGUACUAUCCACCUGGUGUGCGUCCUGACAGUAUCUGCUCUAUGCCUGCCUAUGAACGUGUGAGCCCUCAGUGGGCUGUGGAGGACAAGCGCCACCCCUUCCGCAACAGCAGCUCAUUCCAGCUGCGGGAGUGGAAAGAACAGCCCGGCUAUAGCAGACAAGAUAUGCCCAUCUGGAUCCCAGGCCCCACACGGCAGCCAGUGUACUAUGACGAAAUGGACGCUGCCUCAGGUUCCCUCCGCAGGAUGUCCCUUCAGCCUCGUUCGCGAUCAGUCCCCCGCUCACCAAGUCAAGGAUCCUACAAUAGGGCCAGAGUCUAUUCUCCAGUAAGGUCACCCAGCGCCCAUUUUGAACGAAUGCCUUCUCGAAGUGAGGAGAUAUAUGCCGAGCCAUCGACUUACAUGAUGAGACGAUCUGUCAGUUCCCCAAAGUAUGAUUACCUUGGUGAUAGAAAGCCUGUUCCUGCAGGAAUGUUUCCCUUCAACUAUCCAGCAUCCCCUACAGUCCAUGAUAAAAUGGAUGAACUUUUAGACCUUCAAUUGCAAAGAAACCUAGAGUAUUUGGACCAACAGAUGAGCGAGAGCGAGACUUUGAUCAGUAUGGUGAACAGAAUGGUGGAGAGCUCCUCUCCUAGGGCUCAACUGUACUUGCAAGUGUCUCAUUUCCCUGAAGCAUAUAGAGAGACGCUGCACACCUACAAGAUAAAUGAGCAACACACAGAUGUAAGAACACCUCUUCCUCACUGUCAUCUGCCUACUCAAUCCAUCCCCCAUCCUGUUACCACUGUCUACCCUGCAUUCCCUGAGAAGCUUCUAGGAAAACUCUGUGAACAAAACAAGGUGAUAAGAGAACAGGAAAGACUGGUACAGCAGCUUCGAGCAGAAAAGGAGAGUCUGGAGAGUGCACUGAUGGGGACACACCAGGAAUUAGAAAUGUUUGGGAGUCAGCCAGCCUACCCUGAAAAGCUUCUGCACAAGAAGGAAUCUCUUCAGAAUCAGUUGAUCAAUAUCCGAGUGGAACUGUCCCAAGCCAGCACGGCACUGGCCAACAGCACUAUGGAAUAUGAGAAUCUGGAAGCUGAGGUGUCAGCCUUGCAUGAUGAUUUAUGGGAACAGCUGAACUUGGAUAUCCAGAAUGAAAUGCUCAACAGGCAAAUCCAGAAAGAGAUCUGGCGGAUCCAGGAUGUGAUGGAGGGACUCAAAAAGAACAAUCCCUCUCGGGGCACAGAUACCGCAAAACACCGAGUGGCCCUUGGCCCAUCAGGAACUUACAGCUCCAACAGUCCAGCCAGUCCUCUGAGCUCAGCUAGCCUCACAAGCCCCCUGAGCCCUUUCUCUCUUGUGUCUGGAUCCCAGAGUUCCCCUACCAAGCAAGGCAGCAAUGAGGAGCCUGGUCCACCUCGACCUCCCCUCCCCAAAUCAUAUGUGCCCUUGGAAUCUCCUCCGACUAUCCCUCCACUUCCUUCUGAAAGCCGUCUCUGGCAAUAUCCUAACUCCCCUUCCUGGCAGGAAAGCAGCGAGGCGAAGAGGGGACAGUCAAAGUCCAGCUUUGAGCAGAGCAAGAAGGACCAUCACCGGGCAUCAGCCUCACAUUCAACAGUGGAGGCUGGUCUCUUGCAGUCAAGGCAGGACCAAGAUGCUGAUAAGCAGGUGGCACUCAACAAAGUUGGUAUUGUUCCUCCAAGAACUAAGUCACCUAUGGAUGAUGAGACCUCACCAACAUCAGGUGUGGUGAGGAGGAAUGCCAAUGGGCGGGAUUCUCGGGACAGGCCAAAGAGUGCUGUGUUUUCCAAUGAGAUGAAAGCAAAGAUGAGUGUUGAGGAACAAAUUGAUCGCAUGAAACGCCAUCAAAGCAGUUCUAUGAAGGAAAAGAGACGGAGCUUGCAACUUCCAGCCAAUCAGCAGCAGACAGAUAGCCCUCUCUCAAAAGCACCUGCCUCUUAUAAAGUGGUUCGCAGGCAUCGCAGUAUCCAUGAAGUGGAUAUAUCUGAUCUGGAGGCAGCAUUGCGCUCUGAAGAUUCUGGCAAGAUGUAUGAAAGCCCCCGAGAUGAGAUUGCUCGCCUGCGCAAAAUGGAGCUGGAGCCAGAACAUUAUGAUGUGGACAUCAGCAAGGAGCUUUCCACUCCAGAUAAAGUCCUCAUUCCAGAAAGGUAUAUUGAGCUGGAACCUGAUACUCCACUGAGCCCUGAGGAGAUGAAGGAGAAACAAAAGAAAGUGGAAAGGAUAAAGACACUGAUUGCUAAAUCCAGCAUGCAGAACGUCAUCCCCCUCAGCGAGGGAGAGAUGGACUUGGCCCAGGACCCAGAGACUCAGUUACAGGAGCAGGAAAAGCGAAUUGAGAUCUCCUGUGCUUUAGCUACAGAAGCCUCCCGACGAGGCCGCAUGCUGUCUGCUCAAUGUGCUACCCCGAGCCCUCCCACUUCCCCAGCUUCCCUGACUCCACCGACCAAGUCCCUCUCGUCUGACUCAUCCCAGGGCACCGACAGUCAUUUUAUGCGUGCCUGAACCUUAAACACAAGCCCUGGCUGCUGUGAAUGCUGUGAAGUUCCAUGGAGCCACAUUUUAACACAUGAAUUUGCCCUCUCAACUCUACUGCUUAAUAAUGUAUACAACCAUUCCUGUGAUUUGCCAACUAUCUCCUGCGGUUGAGCUGCAGAAGCAUUCAGGAAGGAAAGCUGCCUCUGAAGAGAACAAGUGUGCUUUUGUCUUUGCUCUGGUUCUCCUCCCACUGCUGCCAAAGCCUGUACCAAAACCUCUCAGAUGCCUGGUCUAUAAAAGCAAUUAAAGAAGCAGCAUCCAGGAGAAGUUCCAUUCUGCAAGAUGGCUUCUUCGUCCCUGCAGGAGGUCUCAAGACAAAGGAGCGGUGGCUAAAGAUCAGCAGAAGCAUCAAAUAAUUUGAACGGAAAAAGGAAAGCUGGUGAUAGCGGGGGGAUGUACAAUUUCCUAUCCUUAGGUAGCCAUUUCCUAAAUUGCUAACCUUCAUCACUUAUUUUUAUUUUACUUUUUUUCUUAGUUUGAGGGAAGAGAAAUAUAUAAGGAAUAGAUUGUCAUGGCAGCCAGAGACUUUAUAACCACUUUAUUGAAUUGAACGACAUAUUUUUCUUCCUCACAUUUUGUUCCCAUCUGCCAAUCUGAUUGGCUCUAGAAACUUUAAUCUAUGGAACUAAGCAACCCAUGCAUGGUCAUGUUGCUUACACUUAUAUCUACCUGCUCACAAGAAGAGAAAGGAGGGAGCAUCACUGAACUUUGUGGAUACGGCAGAUGAAGAAAACAGAAGGUUGUCGGUGUGGAGGGGAAAAAAACAGAAACAGCUUUGGAAUCUGCUAAUUUUGGGGAGUCUUGUGAUAGCUGUGAUAUGCUGAAGAGUCCCCUCCCCCUCACUUUUCCUAAGUUUACGAGGAAGAUGGAAUAGGAAGUAUGUGCAAUGUGCGUGGACAUGUAAUAGAAGUGUGGAUGGAAGAUACAAAGGGGAAGGAUGGCUACAAAAGAGUUCAGUUUGAUCGGAUAAACCACUUUGUGUGUUUUAAGUUUACUGUACUCAGAACUGGGACUGGUAGGUGACAUAUUUAUUCUCAUACCAGAACCAAUUCAAAAUAGUGCCACUCAACUCUUGGUUCUCCAGGAUAUAGGUUGGAGCCAGAAAGAAAACUGUAUGCUGUGAAGAUCUCAGCAUAAAGAAACUAAUGAAAUAGUAAGUCUGCAAGAGAAAUGGAAAUGUGUCUGAACUUGACUAAAGCAAGCUAUGAGUUGAUUCCAUAGUAUGUGUAAAUCAAUUCUCUCCUAUUUAUCAUUGGGAGAAGAAAGCGAGGCUUCUUCAAUUUCUGCCAUUUGUAGCAUUUCUCUCAACUUUAGAAUAAUAGAGCAACAUUUGCUUUGAAGUAGAAUUCUCUCACUUUCUCACACAGAGUGCUUUUCAUCCAUCUCUGUCCAAGCUAGAGCUACAAUAACAAUGGCUGAUGAUCUUUCAGAGGAGCUAAGCUCCUACAUCAAAAGUGCAAGUCCUUUGCUGUAUUUGCUUCUAUCAGCAUCUGAAAAGUGGCUGCUUCCCCAAAUGAGUCCUCAUUUUUUUCCCUAAUCAAAUUGUGAAAAUAACUCAGAAGGACAGAACAGAGGAGAGUUAUUGUACAAAAACAGGACUUGGGAAAUUUACUCUUGUCAAGUACAGAAAUGUACCAAGAUGUCCUAACUUAUAUUAUGCUAGAUCAGAGAUCUAACUUGGACCUUUUCCACACCGCAGUUGUACGCUAAAAGGUUUAUACAUGGUGAAUCCUGAACUGAAUACCAUUUAAAGCUAAGAUGACCUUACCUCUUCAGAAAUAAUCAGACUCUGCAUUAAACCUUGCAACACCUCAUAAUCAGAAUUCCAUACCAUUGAACUUGGGCACAGACAGGACUUUUCACCCAACGUAGUGUUUUUGAAAACAAUCUGUCUUAUUAAUAGAUGGAUCAAAAUAUAAUUGGAUGAUCGUGUGGCCCAUACAUUUAUUUCAAAGGCUACCAAAAUUGACCAUACCCAAUAUAAAGCCAACUAGAAUCGAUUUUAUGGAAGCGAAUAAAAUUGUUCUAGUUAUAGAUCAGAAUACAAAAAAAAGACAGCUAGCUUUUUUAUAAUCCUGACGUAGAUUUUCAGUGAAUUCACUGCCAUGUUUUCAAAAAUGCUGCAUUUCUUCCCCCACCCCUAAUGUUUUGCUUCUUUACAAGUACAGUUAGUCGUCAAUGUACAACCAUGGUUGAGCCCAAAAUUUGUGUUGCUAAGUGAGACAUUGUUAAGUAAGUUUUGCCCCAUUUUACAACCUUUCUUGCCACAGUUAUUACAAUUCUUAAAGUUAGUAAUAUGGUUGUUAAGUGAAUCUGGUUUCCCCAUUGACUAUGCUUGUCAGACGUUUAUAAAAGAGGAUCACAUGACUCUGGGACACUGCAUCCAUCAUAAAUAUGAGUCAGUUACCAAGUGUCUGAAUUUGGAUCACAUGACCAUGGGGAUACUGCAAUGGCCAAAAGUGUGAAAAAUGGUCAUAAGUCACUUUUUUCAGUGACAUUGUAACUUUGAACUAUCACUAAAUGAAUUGUUGUAAGUCGAGGAUUACCUGUACUCAAAGGAGAAUAUACUAGUGAACAGGUGGCACCUCAGACUACAGUAUGAUUUGAGUCCUAGUUGACAAUUUAGCACUGUUGAAAUUAUCAUAUAUUUUGUCAUAUAAACAUGUCCAUAAAUAUAUUGAUCAGUUUUAUCCAAAGAUUUAUCAAAACUGGGUGUCCUAUUUCUGUAUUAUUGGAAGAAAUAACACUGCUUCAGUGUCUAAUAUAUGCAACUCUUAAGGCAGGCAUUAAAUGCAAAUUUGGUUAUGGAACAUAAGCCCUCCACUCCCCUACUACUCAUUUUCUUCCAUAAUUCAGAUUAUUUUAAUUGAAUCAGGAUUCUUUACAAGUGUUACAUGAAAGACUAGCUUGGAUCCCAGCUGAAAUAGAAAAUGUCAGCUUUGAGCCGCACUGUUCCUUAUGUUCAUACGUCUUCAAAAUAGUCUUGAAAAUUCUCACCAUUUUUCCAGGCUAUCAAGAAGACUAAUUCUUUCCUGGCUUUUUAGGGAUAUAUUUAAUAUCCAAAUACCUAGUUUAAUCAAUAAAUGACAUGCGGUAUCAAUACACAUAACUCUUUCAAAUUCAAGUUUAAGUAGGUAUGAAAUUUAAUUUGCCUUGAUUUUUUGUACAACAAAAUGAAUUAAAACUGAAAUUUAAAGAGCAAAAGGAAGAAGCAUCUCCAGAGCAUAUUCUUCUCCCUUGAUACCACUUUUUGCAACAGAGAAGUUAUGCCAGGGAGAAAUCAUUUAGGAAGAAUAGAUAACUAAAAUGGAGAGAAUUCAGUAUUUAUAAUAUGUACCUUACCCUGUACACUCUUCUCAGCAUAUAAAUGAUUUGGGCAACUCCCACAUUGAAGAGUUAGAGCUGUCCUCUUCAACUUCCCAGGAAAAGACAAUGGCAAACCACUUCUGUUGUCAAGAAGGCUGCAGGUGCACAUAGUCACCAGAAUUUAAACUUAGGGAUAUCAAGUCUAGUUUGAUCUCAAGAGAAUAGAGUCCUGUUUACAAAAUGAAAAGAGCUAACGACAGUGUUACCAAAUGAUUCUUUGUCACCCCUGUUUGUGGUAAGGAUAUAGUUCUAAAGUAAUAGUGCAUUGGUGGAAUUUGGCUGGUUCAGCAGAGUCUCUUUUGAAGACUGAAAAAACAUGGAGAGACCAAGCAUAUCAGUCCAUUAGGAGGAAUAUUUCUCAGGCCCACACAUAGUAGAAGUCUUAAGUUUCAAAAUUUACUUAUGCUUUUCAGGGAGUAAAUCCCACUGAAAUAGAUAUGGCUUAUUUCUGAGCAGACCCACAAAGGUGUGCAUCUCUUAGGCUUUAAUCCUCAAUGUGCUUAUUGUAAGGCUUUACAUCCACACUGGAGCUUCUAAGCAUCCAUACAUAUAUUAUUCUGUUGAAAUGAAUGUUCAGAAAAUUGAAAGUUAACUCCACGGUAUCUCUGGAAGAGUUCUGAUAUUGUUAUUUUUAAGAAUUUGUCUAAGAAUCUAUUUCAAUGUGUAUUAAAAGGAAUUAAUAUCUCAGCACCCAAAAAUCAUCCUUCUGAUCUAAGAGCUUAAGUGAUAAAUGUUUCCCCAUCUCUUGCACUGUGGAAUCUAGUUUUAUCAGGUCCUCUGUCCUGCUGCUUGCCACAAAAGAAGCACCGCCUUGGCAUGUCUAAGAGUUCAGCUUCAUCCAUAUUUACAAGAGAAACCUUCCAUCUCCCUGUCCAAUAAAGAUGACGUCUCCUUUUUAUUAUUUAAACGAACCUGUUGGCAAUACGUAGAUCACUCCAGAGAAUCAGAGUUUUAGACCCUUCUCCUUUAGCAAUACUGUUGACAUUCCACGUUGAUGAAGAUGAUGAUGAAAGUAUUUCAUUCUGCUCUUGCAGUAGCUUCUGUUAGUUCAUAAAAUGUUAUCCCUUCAUGAUCCUCUACAUGCCUUAAUAUGUGUUUUUAAAAAUUAUACCGUGAUAUAUAUGUGUGUGUGUACAUUUAUAUAUAUUUUAUAUAUAUAUAUAAUAUAUGGGUUUUCUUCCUCUUCUCCCUAUACUAAUUUCUUUUGGGCUAACUUUCUCUGUGUACAGGGCUGCUGAAGCCUGCUUUGCCACUGAGUUUCUGAAAUACAGACGCUGGGUGGUAUAUCAAAAUAAUUAAAGAAAUUUUAAAAUGCAUAUUUAAAUAAAUAUAUAUUUUUCUGCUUUUUAUUAAAAGCAAAUUUAUUUAAAAUGAAUGAAAGCUGUCUGUAAGGGAGUGGUGCAUUUAUUUCCUUGUUACUAGGUAAGCUCAUGUUUUCUAUACCAGGGCUUAAGCCUCAGUUGAUGCAACUUGGCAAUAGCUUACUUGGAACUAGCAAAGCUGAGUUCACUUAACCCUGGGGAAGUUCUGGCUUGAAAGAUAUGUCGUCAGAUGAAUUAUAGAACUGUAGCAUAUCAGGGACCGCAAAGAUUGUCUCGCUGGUAUACAGCUAUCCCACUGGGAUCCUUUGCAAUAGAGGUGGCUUUGAAAUGUUGAUGCCACUUGUUUUUUACCUCCCUUUUGUUCAAAUUUGUUCAUUUUGUGUGGUUAGCAGAGAGAAAUCCCUGCAAGAUGAUUGUUUUAUUUUCCUCUCUUCAAUCACAAUUGCUCUCUAAGCUGCCGUAUUUACCUCCACAAUGCCCAAUCUAGUGGGAGAAAGGUACAUCUUUCAGUCGGUACAUGUUUUUCCUUGCUGUGAUUUGACCCAUACCAAAUGCUAGUAGCUUAGUAGAGAGAUGAAGUAAGAGCUGAGGAAAGGCCUUAGUUAGCCUAUGUGAAGGAUUUGGCCCUCUCUUAAUUUAGAGAGUGGCUCCUUAUUUCUACCUCUUUUGAAGACUCGGAGGUAGUGGUCCUACUUGUGCAAGUGCUUGAUAAACAUGGCAGACAGCUUGAAAGGAAAUCAUUCCACCAAUAUUUUAGGGUACAGAGGGUAAUGUAAAGAUGGUGUUACAUUUUGGAGUCUCAGCUUCUGUCAAGGAAGUGCAAAUCCCUUCUCAAAUCAUUUUUUUCUCCCUCCCUACAUGUAAAACUGGCACUUUUUUUUUUUUUUUGCUAUUGUGGAAAGCAUUAAAAUGACAUAAAUAACAUCAGAAAGCAUUAUCUCACCCUUCUCAAGCCCUCUGUUCAAUUCAUAGCAAGGUACGAUUGUAACUGAUUAUUGCCAAUGUCACUUUAAGCAUUCUGAGACUUCUAAUCAGUAUUUCUCAACCUUGGCAACUUGUAGAUGUGCGAACUUCAACUUUCAGAAUUUGCCAGCCAACAGAGCCGGCUUUCCCAUAAUUGACUAAAGAAUUCUGGGAGUUGAAGUCCAUGUGUCUUUCAGCUGUCAAGGCUGAGAAAAACUGCUCUAAAUUCUCAGCAGAGCACAUUUAGGGUCACAGUUUUGCAGUAUUGUAGAACCCUGUUUUUAAAAUGUUUUAUUUUUUGUGUACAUGUGCGUGUGUGUUCCUUUCUAAUAAAAUUUUCAUAUACCAGCAGCACCUGCAACCAACAAAUACUGCAUUAUUUAUGCACAUUAUUUGGAGAGAAAAAAAAGUAGUGUUAGAUGUUAAAAUUAUCAAAGAAGCAAUGUGAUGUUAAUGUCUUUUUUUUUCUUUUUGUAUAAAAGUGACCUUAGAUUAUGACAAUUAUAAAAAUUAGCUGUUCUGUGAUUGAAAACAAUAUGUUGGUGACUUGGGGGUUCUUCACACCAAACCAAGGGAUAAUCUUUCCAUAAUUAAACCCACAGUGGCUUACUUAAUAUUCUUUCCUGCAACAUUUGUUCUAGAUGUAGUUACUUUAAAAGGUCCUCCCUCUCAAAACCAACACGUGCAAGAAAAACAAACAAAAAUAAAUGCAUUUGUACCUUGCAAGUUUGUAUAAAGCAAAUAAAUAAAAAAAUGGAUGGUUUAUAACUA